CACCUCGGUUUGAGCACGAGGAGCGUUGCCGGCCAGUCGAGCUAAGCGGCCCCCUGAUAAUUACCGUCUGCAUGCACUGCUCGCGAUCGUUGCUGAGGCUCAACGUAGCCAAGCGAGCCGGUCGCCCUCUGCCAUUGUCCAUCCUGAGCCCUGGGUCUGCCCCAUGCCGGCAGACGCUCGUCACACUGGCUAACCAACACCGCCCGCCUGCGCGUGCGCCUGCCAGCCCCACUAGACCCCUCCAGCGCCUCGACAAAAUCCAGCAGCACUUCUCCUCCUCCACUUCACCCUCCACAACUCUCAAGUCAGCACCCACCAGCAUGGCUUACUCCACCCGCAAGGUCGCUGCGGCGAACACGCUCGAGCACCGCGUCUUCAUCGAGAAGGACGGCCAGCCGAUCUCGGCAUGGCACGACAUCCCGCUCUACGCCAAUGAGCAGCAGACGGUCCUCAACAUGAUCGUCGAGGUCCCCCGCUGGAGCAACGCCAAGAUGGAGAUCUCCAAGGAGGAGACCCUGAACCCCAUCAAGCAGGACAUCAAGAAGGGCAAGCUCCGCUUCGUGCGCAACUGCUUCCCCCACAAGGGCUACCUCUGGAACUACGGUGCCUUCCCCCAGACCUGGGAGGACCCCAACGUCACCCACCCCGAGACCAAGGCCAAUGGCGACAACGACCCGCUCGACGUGUGCGAGAUUGGCGAGCUUGUCAACAAGCCCGGUGAUGUCAUCCAGGUCAAGGUCCUCGGUGUCAUGGCUCUGCUCGACGAGGGCGAGACAGACUGGAAGAUCAUUGUCGUCAACGUGAACGACCCCUUGGCCCCCAAGCUCAACGACGUUGAGGAUGUCGAGCGCCACCUGCCCGGUCUUCUGCGUGCCACCAACGAGUGGUUCCGCAUCUACAAGAUCCCCGAUGGCAAGCCCGAGAACCAGUUCGCCUUCUCCGGCGAGUGCAAGAACAAGAAGUACGCCAUGGACAUUGUCCGUGAGUGCGCUGAGGCGUGGGAGAAGCUCGUCGCUGGCAAGACUGCCAAGAACGACCUCUCUCUCGUCAACACGACGCUUGCCCACUCGGCCGAGAAGACCGACGCCAGCUCGCUGAGCAUCCCCGCUGGCGAGGACAAGGCCCCCGCGCCUAUCGACUCUAGCAUCGACAAGUGGUUCUACAUCUCUGGCGCCCCCUCCAGCUAGACGUCUGGAAUCACCAAUGACGGCAGGAAACGGCUCUCGUGGAAGACGGUCAUAUAUCGCAUCGCAAACAAAUGAAGACAUGACGGGCCCACGGAUCGACGUGGCUACGGCCAGAGGCAUGGACGGAAAAAGGGGUUGCGAUUGAGAAAAAGUCUAUUCUUGGCCAAACACAUAGAUUCAUCCAAAAGCGAUAGUCAUGUUG